GCUCUAGCUGGCGGCUACCCGAGGCCGAGGCCGAGGUCUCCGGUCCACGCCUGCACGGCCACGGUGGAGGGAUCAUCGAUGGAGAAUGUAACAAGCUAGCCGUGACUGUGGCUGUGGGAACGGGUGCCCGUGAGCGGCGGGCAGACGACGACGACGGCGUACGGCCCCGCAUUCCCAUGACGGCGAGACGAGAGGAUGAAGUGUUGGAGUGAUUACUUGGAUUCUCUGGGGCCUAGCUAUAGAGGGGAGGAUAGUGAUGAGCUGCGUGCCAGUGUGUUUGUGUGUGCAGUGCGGGAUGGGGCAGCACAGCAGGAGCAGUAGGAGUAGGUUGGUCGUUGGUCUCGGCUUUCAAUGCGGAAAAUUCCACUGCAAUGCAAUGAACCAACAAAAAUGACAGCCGACGCGGCGGGGACGCAAGCGCGCGCACCACCACAGACACCAUCAAGCCAUUGUGCUGCCGCGCGCGCCUUCCUUUCCUUUCCUGCGCCGCAGCUAGCAGCAAGCUUGCUUCGCUUGCUUGACUAGCUAUAGGAACAAAUCUAAGAUGAGAGGGACGGCGCGCUCGGAGCUCGGAAGUAAGCUAAGGUAGAGAGCUAGCCAGCUGCGGAGAUGCGGGGUGCGGUGCUGCUGCUGCCGCUGGUGGCCGCCGUGUUGCUGCACGCGGCGGCUGCGGCCGGCGGAGGCAACGGGAGCUGCGAGCGGAGGUGCGGGAGCAUGGAGCUGCCGUACCCGUUCGGUUUCUCCGGCGGCUGCACGAUACAGCUCGUCUGCGACGUCGGCGUCGACGACGUCCGCGCCGCGUGGCUCGGCGGCGCGCCGGAGCUGGGCCUGCUCGUGCGCAACGUCACGCCGCGCGCGCUCAUCCUCAACCUGCAGCCCGACUGCUCUCGCUUGUUCAAUGCGUCCGUCGCGGCGCUCUUCUCCGACAGCUACGCGCCCGCCUGGGGGAACACGCUCGUCGUCAGCUCCUGCAGCAGCUCCGAGGCCGCCCUCAUAAAAAACUGCAGCAGCGAGCCGCCGGACCGCUACAUGAAGAGAAGCACGUCCCACUGCAGCGCCAACGAGUCCAUACGCUGCAUCCUGCCUCGUACUCCCAGCAACACCAGCGGCCACCAUUUUCUGAACAGAAGCGAGGUGCUCAGGUCAAACUGCACCGGGCUGGUGUCGGCGGUGAGCUAUUCGGACGCACAGGGGCCGUCACUGCUGCUCGGCGCGCUGGAGCUGGACUGGUGGGUACCGGGGCGUUGCCGCUGUGAUGCCAGAGCCAACUGCACCCAGUUCCCAGCGACAAAGACGCGGCCGGAGGCGUUCCAGUGCGAGUGCCCGGAGGGCCUCCAGGGCGACGGCUUCGUCGACGGCACCGGCUGCUGGGAAGUUUCCAAGUCCAAGUGCGACCGCUCGAAUUACCUAUCAAGAGAUUGUGGCAAGAUCGUCCUCGUUGGUCUUAUCAUGGCAGGAAUAGUUUUUGGAGCCAUGGUGAUGGACAUCGGCUGCGUGGUGUGCCACCUGGUGAAGCGCCGUUCCGCGUCCAUCCGGUCGCAGCAGAGCACGAAGCGGCUCCUGUCGGAGGCGGACUGCACGGUGCCACUCUACUCGUACCGCGAGAUCGAGCGCGCCACCAGCGGCUUCUCCGAGGACCAGCGGCUCGGCACCGGCGCCUACGGCACGGUCUACGCGGGCCGCCUCAGCGACAACCGCCUCGUCGCCGUGAAGCGGAUCAAGCACCGCGACAACGCCGGCGGCGGCCUGGACUCCGUCAUGAACGAGGUGAAGCUGGUCUCCUCCGUGAGCCACCGCCACCUGGUCCGCCUCCUGGGCUGCUGCAUCGAGCAGGGCCAGCAGAUCCUCGUCUACGAGUUCAUGCCCAACGGCACGCUGGCGCAGCACCUGCAGCGGGCGCGCGGCCGCCCCGCCGUGCCCUGGACGGUGCGCCUCCGCGUGGCCGCCGAGACCGCCAAGGCCAUCGCGUACCUGCAGUCGGAGGUGCACCCGCCCAUCUACCACCGCGACAUCAAGUCCAGCAACAUCCUGCUCGACCACGAGUACAACUCCAAGGUGGCCGACUUCGGGCUGUCGCGGAUGGGCAUGACCUCCGUCGACUCGUCGCACAUCUCCACGGCGCCGCAGGGCACCCCGGGCUACGUGGACCCGCAGUACCACCAGAACUUCCACCUCUCCGACAAGAGCGACGUGUACAGCUUCGACGUGGUGCUGGUGGAGAUCAUCACGGCCAUGAAGGCCGUCGACUUCAGCCGGGGCCCCAGCGAGGUCAACCUGGCGCAGCUCGCCGUGGAGAAUGUUAUUUUAUUGUGUUCCAAAUCCCAUACAAAUGUUGUACUAUAGAUGGAGUCCUACCAGACUACAGCAUGCCAACCGUGCUAGACGUAACAUGACUACAACUUCAUGUCCACCAAAAAAAGAGAGUUGUUUGCCCCUUUAUAUAGUACCAGCUAGUCAUAUAAUAGAUGUGAGAGAUCUCCACC